AUGGAGAUACUACUCGAUUAUCUAGAAGAGGAUUCCAGGAACGUGUUCAUCGAUUUGACUCCUCGGACAUUAUCGUCUUCGCCAGAGGAAUGCUCGGCAAGCUAUUUACCAGGAUUUGUGAAGCCAAUCUGUACGACGAUAGGUGAUGAGAAAUAUGAACAUCUUCUACUUCAAGGGGCGUUGACCCUGCCCAGCUUUCCGCUUCAACAAGCCCUGUUACAGACAUUCUUUGAGUGUGUGUUGCCAAGUAUGCCGAUCAUAAAUUGGCAGACUUUUAUCAACAUUGUGAGCAACAAAGAAGGUGGCCAAGGCCAGAUUAGCUUGCUUCUAUUCCAAACAAUCAUGUUCUCAGCAACUGCCUUUGUCAACCUUGACCACCUUCAAAAGGCUGGCUACUCGAGCCGAGAGGAGGCUCAUGAAGCGUUCUUCCAAAAAGCACAUCUUCUAUACCAGUCGCAUUACGAACCCGAUCCACUUGCCAAUCUUCAAGCUCUACUUCUCAUGACAUACCGUGCCAAAGCCGCAGACGGUAAAGAUAGUCGAUACUGGAUUGAGGUUGCCAUUUCACUGGCAUUAAUAAUGGGGCUUUUUCGAAACCUUCCCAGCGGUUAUGCUGGACACCACAAUCAAAAGCUUCACAGAAGAAUCGCUUGGACAUGUUACAUGGCGGACUCCUUUAUCGCGCUCAGACUAAGAUGCUUGCCGCUAAUUAGAAGUGUCGAUUUCAACCUUUCCAUGCUAACUGAAGAUGACUUUGACUUUGGACACAUACCCAUGGAGAGCCAACUCUUGCUUCCCGGGUGCACUUUUAUUCGGCGUCGAGAGGUUCAAAGGUACCUGGCCGAUAUCUGUGUUUCCCAGGCUCAGUUAUCUUUAUGCAUCAGGAGAGUGUUAAAUGUUCAGGCCAGGUGCAACUCAGCGGAAUUAUCUUCCGAGACUACCGCCAAAACACCAGAUACUCAGAACAAACACCACUCAGAUUAUCUCACCAGUAUUUGGAUGUCUCAGAAGGCAUUGGCAGACUGGGAGUAUUGCUUGCCACCCAUAUGUCAGCGUCCACCAACAGUGUUUGGGAUCGGCAGCAAUGAAAGCGCUAUAGUUACCCUCCACCGCAACGUCUUGCACAUGGUCUACCACGGAGUGGUUUGCGUUCUGUAUCAGUCUCGAAUAUUCCAAUCGUCAAGCUCCCGCAUGCAACAUGCUGCUACACAGAUCACCGAGAUUGCCACCGAAUUGGAUCAGAUGAAUGUACUACAUUCGCUCCCGAUUAUUUGUUCUACAACUAUUCUGAUUGCGAUGAUAAUCCACCUGGCGGAAGUGCAGACCUCUUCCCCCGUGAAACAAGGGGUGACUAUGAGAGACAUUCAAUCAUGUAUUGAAUUAAUGAAGAGGCUGCAAGAUGUUCACUCAUCUAUGGAUAUUGUCAGUCAUCUUAUACUAACUGCCCUCCAAAAGUGUUCGCCAUCAUAGUAUAGAACUAUGAGGACUUGGCCUAAAUUAUCAUAUGCCAAUACGGUCACAGAGAUAGGGUGGACCGGCUGCCAAGGCAUGUGCAGAUCUUGAACACUAGGCUCUCCAACAUCAACUACAUAUUGC